GUGGUGUCGCGGCACUAUGUCGCCGCUUUCACGUUCAAGGGCCCCUACAUGUACCUGGUCAAGGCGUCGGCGCCCACAGAGGAAUGGGCAGGCGCCGCGCAGCUGCUGCUCGCGUCGGUCCGCAGCUUCGGCCUGCCGGCAGCUGCAAGGGCGUGA